AUGUCAUCGCUCGCUUCUGAAGAGCUUAUGCGCGUUAUCGAUUCUCCAUGGAGCAGCGCAGAGCGCGAAUCCAGUAUUACAUUGUUUAUGAUAAUACAGUUGCUAUACGAUUUGUACCUAGAGGCUCGUGCCCGUCGCGAGGUCAGCCGCGCCAAACGGAUAGCUGCGCGCGAGAAACCCGGUAGACUCGCUCGAGCCAAUCGUGUCAUCCGGCUUCAAACUCGACACCUGCUGCAUAGCCUUCGCGGCGCGUUAGUCCCGUCUCGAUCGAUGCGUGGGUUCUCGAUGGACUUGAAAUCCGAGGUCGAUUCGAUCGCACUCCAGAAGCUUAUUUCACGCCAUGAUUAUGAUACUUAUGCCGACUUCCCGGAGGAGAAGCCGUAUAAGUUUGAGGGGUAG